UAUCUAGUGCGAAGGACAAAAACCCCAAACUGGAUGAUAUGCAAUUUUAUGGGGUGAUUACAUCAAUUUGGGAGAUGGACUAUCAACAGUUUAGAAUCCCUGUGUUUAAGUGUGAUUGGGUUGAAAAUGCCAAGGGCAUUAUAGUAGAUGAGUUUGGGUUUACGUUGGUAAACUUGAAUAGGAUAGGUCAUGUGGCCGAUCCAUUUGUUUUAGAUUAUGGCACCUUCAACGCGAAGACCUUCAUCUCAAGCACUAGCAAUGGCUAAGAGAAUGAGAGAAAUUCAGUUGGGGACAAGGUAUACUACCAAGAGAUCAAAGGGAACCAGUAAGGCUUCAGUACAUGGUGCAUCAAAGGCCUUGUCAUUGAUUUGACAACGUCAUUCGAAGGGUUCAAAAGCUGUCAGAAAAGAAGGACUGAAGUUGCUUAAACGAGGGUGUGUAACUAUGUGUCGCAUUGUGAGGAGAAAAAUUAUUGGAAAGAAGAUGACAGUUAGCUUUAACGAUAAAGGAGAACCAAUAGGGAAAGCUGGUAAAGAAAUGCAGUCAUAUAUUGGGGUGUUAGCUCGCAAGAAGGUUGCAAUCUCGAAUCCUACAUGGAACGAUGUUUUAAUGGAACAUAAAAACAAAAUCUGGGAAGGCGUAAAGUUGGCGUUUCUGUUGCGUCCAGAACACAAAAGAAUGGUUUUAAUCUCAGCAGGACGGAAAUGGAGAGAAUUCAAGAGUCAUUUGACUACCCGCUACAUUCUCCCUUAUAGGGAUAACCCUGAAAUGAUCGAGUCUCGUCCAGAGGACUAUCUUUUCAUUAAUCAACGGGAUUGGGAGAUUUUUGUAAAGGAUAGGUUGUCUGACACAUUCCUGGAACUGCAUGAGAAACAGAAAAAAAAAAAAAAGGGCCUUAAAUAAGUAUCCUCAUCGG